CUUCGCCUCAUAUUUGCAUUCUCUUUCUUCCUUCGCUUUUGCUUGCUCUGACUCUCAAAUCAAAGAGCCCCCUUCCCCUCUCAUCUCCUCUCUCUAAAAUUUGUCUCUCUCUCUCUCUCUACUUAUGCAUUUAAGGAUUCAAGGAGUACCCAAGAGGUAAAAUUCUCGAACCAAAAAUACCAUUUGAUUUAUUCUCUCGUUUGUGUGGAGGAAUUUGUUGGCAUCCCGAAGAUCAGUUGGCACCAGUAAUGAGAUCCGAAUUGCAUAAUUGUUGCCUUUGACUAUUGCCGAGCGUCAAGGCGUUUUGGACUCUGAUCCUUUUCAAGUUACUCACUGGGGAUAACUGUAUCAAUAGGGCCUUUUAUUAAUUUAGUUUUUAUGCAUUUUUGUAUGACAUGGGUUCUCGAGGAAGACUAUUAUUUGAUCUUAAUGAACCCCCUGUCGAGGAUAAUGAAGAUAGUGAUGGUAUUAUGUUUCAGCUUCAGCAGGCUCAACCGUCUUCAAAUUCCCAUGCUUCAGACUUAUUUCCAACAUCAGGAGGUCCCCAAAGAAUAUUAAACAACCAUGCAUUUUCUCAUGCAUCUUCUGUAUCAGGUUUUCAGCCUUUUAUUCGGAGUAAACUUGGUUCUCAUCCUGAAAUGGGUGAAGAACAAAAGAAAAUAUCAGAUCAAAAUACAAAGACUGCACCAUCAUCUAAGUUAAGUAAUGACGAGACUGCUGCACCAACAUUGGUUUCAGGUUCUAAAGACACUCAAUCAGUGGAAAGGGAAGAAGGAGAAUGGUCUGAUGCUGAGGGUUCUGCUGAUAUAAAUGGAGGCAGCGUUUUGCAUAAACAGUUAAAAGCUUCACAAGAGCAAGGCCUACUUUCUACUUCCUGUGAUGUUUCCGAGAACAAUUCUUGCUAUACAAAAAUUGCUGAUAGUACUGUUGAUAAAAGUAGUAAUUAUGUUCCUUCAACAUUGGAUCUGGAGCCAACUGAUCGGAAAAGUAACAGUACCCUUAAUACAGAAAGCAAUGUUAAAGUUGAUACAUCCAUGGAUGGUGGUCAGGAAGAGACUGGGUUGCCCCCAAAACAAAGAGAAGUCAAGGGCAUCGAAGCAAGUCAUGCUCUAAAAUGUGCUAAUAACCCUGGAAAGAGGAAAAUAGAUCAACAUCUAGAAGCCAAGCUUGGAAAGAAGCGUAAUAGGCAGACAAUGUUUCUUAAUUUAGAAGAUGUGAAGAUGGCUGGUCCUAUGAAAACGUCAACCCCUCGAAGGCAAACAUUUCCACCUCCUAUAACCACUCGCAUUGUGAAGGAAGUUCAUAAUGCAACCCAAGUUACUGAACGUGUGGGGGAAAAACAGACUGUUAACAAAGACCAGAAACAAGGAGAUGUUUCAUAUCAUGAAGGAGGCAUUUCAGCAGAAUCUGGUGAAUCAAAAUUGGAAUGUAAUGGUGAGACGAGUUCUGGAUUACUAACUCGGCCAAACAGGCCAAACAAUGAUGGAGAUCUCCCAACAGAGGCAGCCUUACCACCAAUUCCUAGACAGGGUUCAUGGAAGAUACCUACAGAUUCAAGGUUGCAGAGGAAUAUGCAGGUCUCCAAUAGGAAAUCACCUCUAGCUAAUCAAAGUUCUUCUGACCACAAGCAGGUAAGCAAGAAGCAUAUUCCUGCCAAGAAGCAAAAUUCUGUUAGUACUCAUCAAGACUCAUCAGUUGAACGACUGAUACGGGAGGUGACGAAUGAUAAGUUUUGGCAUCACCCAGAGGAAACUGAACUCCAAUGUGUUCCUGGUCGGUUUGAAUCUGUGGAAGAAUACAUCAGAGUGUUUGAACCUUUGUUAUUUGAGGAAUGUCGGGCUCAACUUUACAGUACGUGGGAGGAACUCUCCGAAACAUUCUCAAGAGAUACACAUGUGAUGGUUCGUGUCAAGAAUAUUGACAGGAGAGAAAGAGGAUGGUAUGAUGUAGUAGUUCUUCCUGUGAACGAGUGCAAAUGGUCAUUCAAGGAGGGGGAUGUGGCAGUUCUUUCCUGCCCCAGACCUGGAUCAGUGCGAUCAAAGAGGAACAACACCAUGUCUGUAGAGGAUGAUGAAGAUCCUGAAUCUGGUGGACGUGUGGCUGGAACUGUUCGACGGCACAUUCCUAUUGACACCCGUGACCCUCCAGGGGCUAUCAUUCAUUUUUAUGUUGGGGACUCGUAUGAUUCCAGUAGCAGGACUGAAGAAGAUCACAUACUUAGAAAACUUCAGACAAAGAAUGUUUGGUUUUUAACAGUGCUUGGUUCUCUUGCAACCACCCAGCGAGAGUAUGUUGCCCUGCAUGCAUUUCGUCGGCUCAAUAUGCAGAUGCAAUCUUCAAUCCUUCAGCCUAAUCCUGAGCAAUUUCCAAAGUACGAGCAACAGUCGCCUGCUAUGCCUGAGUGUUUCACACAAAAUUUUGUUGAGUAUCUGCAUAGAACCUUCAACGGACCCCAGCUAUCUGCAAUCCAGUGGGCAGCAACACAUACAGCUGCUGGUACGAGCAGCGGGACAGCCAAGAGGCAAGAACCAUGGCCUUUUACGCUCGUACAAGGUCCUCCUGGGACAGGUAAGACACAUACAGUUUGGGGAAUGCUAAAUGUUAUCCAUUUGGUUCAGUAUCAGCAUUACUAUACUUCUCUGCUCAAGAAACUAGCACCAGAAAGCUAUAAACAAGCUCAUGAAAGCAGCUCAGAUAAUAUCAUUACUGGAUCCAUUGAUGAGGUACUCCAAAACAUGGACCAGAAUCUUUACCGCACUCUUCCCACGUUGUGUCCUAAACCUAGAAUGCUAGUUUGUGCACCUUCUAAUGCUGCAACAGAUGAGCUUCUUGCUCGUGUUCUUGAUCGUGGAUUUAUUGAUGGGGAAAUGAAGGUUUAUCGACCUGAUGUGGCUCGAGUUGGUGUAGAUUCACAAACUCGUGCGGCCCAAGCAGUUUCUGUUGAGCGUAGAACAGAACAACUUUUGGUCAAAAGUCGAGAUGAAGUCUUAAGAUGGAUGCACCAGCUAAAAGUUCGUGAAACUCAAUAUUCUCAGCAAAUCAGUAAUCUUCAGAGAGAACUCAAUGUUGCUGCUGCUGCUGUUCGUUCUCAAGGAUCCGUUGGUGUUGACCCUGAUGUUCUGGUGGCUCGUGACCAAAAUCGAGAUGCAUUAUUGCAACAUCUUGCUGCUGUAAUAGAAGGUAGGGAUAAAAUUCUAGUUGAGAUGUCACGCCUCCUUAUUUUAGAAGGCAGGUAUCGAUCUAACAGUAAUUUCAAUAUGGAGGAUGCACGAGCUAGUCUUGAGGCUAGUUUUGCCAAUGAGGCUGAGAUAGUUUUCACUACAGUAUCAAGCAGUGGUCGAAAAUUGUUUUCUCGACUUUCUCAUGGUUUUGACAUGGUAGUCAUUGAUGAGGCAGCCCAAGCCAGUGAAGUAGCUGUUCUUCCACCGCUUUCUCUUGGUGCAGCAAGGUGUGUGCUUGUUGGGGAUCCCCAACAGCUCCCUGCCACGGUUAUCAGUAAAGCAGCAGGAACAUUAUUGUACAGUAGAAGUCUCUUCGAAAGAUUCCAGCUAGCAGGAUGUCCCACUAUGUUGUUAUCUGUGCAGUACAGAAUGCAUCCUCAAAUACGUGAUUUCCCUUCAAGGUACUUCUACCAAGGGCGCCUUACUGACAGUGAAAGUGUUGCUAAUUUACCUGAUGAGACAUAUUACAAAGACCCUUUACUUAGACCAUACACUUUCUUUGAUAUUACACAUGGACGGGAAUCUCAUAGAGGGGGCUCUGUUUCCUAUCAAAAUAUUCAUGAAGCACAAUUUUGUCUUCGUUUGUAUGAAUAUCUACAGAAAACUGUGAAGUCAUUAGGCGUAGGUAAAGUUUCAAUUGGUAUAAUAACACCAUACAAGCUCCAAUUGAAGUGCCUCCAACGCGAGUUUGAGGAGGUUCUGAACUCUGAAGAAGGAAAGGAUCUAUAUAUUAAUACUGUAGAUGCUUUUCAAGGUCAAGAGAGGGAUGUGAUUAUCAUGUCUUGUGUGCGUGCCUCCAACCAUGGUGUUGGAUUUGUUGCAGAUAUCCGUCGAAUGAAUGUAGCACUGACCCGUGCAAGGAGGGCUCUCUGGGUCAUGGGCAAUGCUAAUGCUUUGAUGCAGUCUGAUGAUUGGGCUGCGUUAAUCACUGAUGCAAGGGCAAGGAGCUGUUACAUGGACAUGGAAUCGCUUCCCAAGGACUUUCUCGGACAGAAGGGAUCUAUUCAAUCUGCUUUGCCAGGGAAGAUCUCUUCCAAUAUUAGGGGUGUGAGAUCAGCUCUUCCAAGACAUAGGACUCUGGAUAUGCAUGUGGAGUCGAGGUCUGGAACACCAUCAGAAGAUGAUGAGAAAUCAAACUCUUCGAUUAUCACCAGGAACGGAAAUUACCGGCCUUCUAAGGCUGCUGUAGAGAAUUCAUCAGAUGACUUCGAUCAGUCAGGUGACAAAUUGAGAGAUACUUGGCAAUAUGGUAUACCGAAAAGGCAGAGUUCUGCUGGGAUUGUUGGGAAGAGAGAAACUUAAUCAUGGCUUUUAAAUUGGUUUUAAUGGUUCAGAGGAAACCCGUCGGUUAAUUUCGUGUGCAUCCUUGUGAUGCUCAGCUUUUGAAGCCUACUUGCAUGGGAGCCCGAGCAGUGUCUGAGUAAUGACAUAGGUUGCACAGCAUCUGCAGACAUCUGUUCUUGGAGGAUCCAUUCCUUUGAUUUAAAUGGAUCCCUUUGGGUUACCAUCAUACCGAAAGGUGAGCAUGCAAUUCGAGACAUCUGUUCUUGGGGGAUCCAUUUCCUCACAUUGUGUAUGCAUGUUCAGGAAUCAAGUUGUGGGCAUCGGAAUCUUCCAUCAUGAGAACUUGAGAGCUAUAAUAUGGGCUUGGAUUGGAAAUUGAAUUGGGUGCAUGUGGUCAGUAGAAUUACCGGCCUCAAUUGCUGUUGGAGUUGGGGGGUGGCUCGGCGGCACUCCCGUGGAAAUGGAGAUUGACUCGCUGGCGUGCUGGCGGAGGUAAAUUCACAUGUAAAAGAUGCUCAAUACAUUGUUUUGGACAAUAAAUGCUCUGCAUAAAGAUGACAUUUGACAGGCAAGUAAGAAAGUGAAGGGUUUCAAUCUUGUUUGUUCUCUCUCUGAGGAGAUGUACUUCUCUCAACCCUUCAUCUGGGAGCUAGAAUUAUAUGGGCUGCAGCAGCUGGGAAUACAUAAAAAUUGUACAGAAACCAAUGGGGAGUACAGGUUGUGAUUGAGGCCGUCAAAAUUUUGAAUUGCGUUAAUGCCAAAUUGACUUGUACAUACCCAUACCCCUUCAUUUGAAAUUAUAGUAAUUCUUUGUCGCAGUUGUCUUUUUCUUCCCAAUUCUCAACUUCACUGCAGUACACUAAUUGAUGCGGUGCCUGCCACAUUUAAUUAAUAUUGUACCAGUUUGUGCCGUUGUUCUUUGAACACACACACCACAUGGGAGAUGAGAUGGGGCUGUAAUUGUGAGGUUUUCAAGAAGAACCGGUGGACUGUGUUUUCUUUUUGGAAGCUCGUAUUUGCUAAGUAUUGAAUUGAAUUCUGUGGACUAAUAAUGUUCUGUUUCGUUUAUGCUCA